AACAUGGCGGAUUGUAUCGAAGGUGCAACGCAGUAGAAACGUACACAAUGAACACACCAGACAUGGUGUGAUGGUCUUUGUCAUGUCUAGUUUACGUACGAGUGUGAGUGUAGCCUAGUACACAAUAACACAGAGCAUUUGCUAGACUAGCCCCUUGGAAUCUGGUCUAGACUGAUGACAAGUGAGAACCAUGGGAGUUGAAGAUGUGUUUGACCGACUGGACACCUGUAAACUUGGUUAUAUUACUGCUGGCCAGUUGCUUGACCUGCACCAUACACUUUCCUUCAGCCCUGUUUCCACUCAGCUGGUGAACACUGCUAUACAGCAGGUUUGUGGGCAGGACGGUGUCGUUACCCGCAGCAGCUUUGUUGGUGUGCUGGAGGAGAUAGAGAGGUUGCAGGCAAUACAUGAGCAGGCAUACUGGGACUUCCAGGCUCUGGAUUAUAAUGGAGAUCACAGGAUUACACUCAAGGAUGCCCUCAUGCUCUUUAAGGAGUUCCAUGGAGAAAGUUUCAGCAUGCAGACUUGGCAUGACUUCCUCAGCUCAAGGACUGAGGCGAAUGCAGAUGUGUUUUUUGAUGAGUUGUGUUCAUGGCUGUGUGUGCUAUCUUCUGGUGAAAAAUUUUCCCAGGAACAGAUGGCAGCUGAGAAUGCCAGACUAGCAGAAACACACAUUGAUUUCCUAGAACAUCAGUAUCAUACAUUGUCGCAGUUCAAGAAAGAAGACUCAAGCCAGUUAGAUGACAUAAGACACUGUGCUAAUAGAAAGCUCAACAAAUGGAACCAAUAUGGAAUUGAGUCUGUACUGUUUGAUGACGGACUAGAUGUAGGACUUGACCAUGAAGUGAAAGUGCGAAGAUCAAGAGAGAGUGUUGGAAUGGUGGAGAUCUUCGCUGCUCUAGACAACAAGUACACCCUGCUACAGGACAAGCUGCUUCUGGAAAUGGCCAAAUAUUCAGCAACUGUGGACAGUGAAGUUAGUGAGAUGUACCAGCAUCUGAAACGUGAAAGCCUGGCCCUGAAGGGAGGCAACCUGGAGGUGGCUGACAUGGCCGGCAGCCGGGCUUGGUUGUCUGGUAGAGUUGCCAGCUUCAUGGGAGAAGUUGGAGCACCUCUGGAAAUGCGAUACAAGGAGCAGGAGGCACAAGUGCUGCAGUUAAAGGGAGAAGGAAAAUCUGACCAGUUCAUUAAGGAUGCAAUCCAAUCAUUCUACCAUAACAGUCUGGCUGGACCCACAACAUGCGGAGAAGCAAUCCAGGAACUGUUUGAAAGACAGAGGACGGAGAAAGACGCAAUUAUAAAACAAGUACAGGGUGUAUCAUCAGCUAUGUUUGUGAAAUAUGCCUCCUUGUCUCGUCAGUGCUUCAUCCUCACAGAAGAGUCGGAGUUCAGCACAGGCAGUGUUGCUGUUGGUUUAGCUGAGAGGAUUCCAGGCCACUCAUAUCCAGGGUAUAACUGGGAUCGGACAAGGUCUGAAAGUUUAGCCAAAGAGCGUCUGGAACAGCGUACUGGCCAUCGCCCAGUGAGGACCAGUGGAGUUGUGACGGUAGUUGAAAGUACCGAUGCCAGCCGGCUUGACAUGCAGAUACAGGUGGUCACAGAGCUGGAGAGGAAACAGUACUUGGAGAGAGAGGCUAUCAUUCACAUGCUACAAGGACAUGACAUACAGGCUGCACUGAAUGGUGCAAUGAAAAUGUCAGCUACAGAGCUCAAGAGACGAGCACAUAUGUUGAGGAACCAACACUUGACCUGGCGUGAGAGUGUUCAGAAUGACAGUCACUCCACUGCUCAUGCUGAUAUGCUGCAAGAAGGAGUGGGCCUGUACUGGGCUGAGCGACAGGCCAAGCUACAGCAGACCAUUACCAACCCCACUGACAGGGAGAUCGCAGCAACUAUCUUGGCUGAUCUACAGCAUUCUCAAGAGGUGGAAUUCCAGAUAAAAUUGUCGGAUCUACACAAUAAGACAGUGAAGGAACUUUGUCAUAUGGUGAGGAGAGAGAGUCGAAGUCAAGUGCUGGAACAUUUUGACAACAUAGCUUAUGUAGUGCUUGGUGCAGUGGAGAUUGGAGACAGUGAGAAGGAGUACAUGGACGCGUUACAGGAGAAGUACACAGUUCUAGGUGAUGCUGUGCUCCUGUUCUCCUUGACAGACCAGUACGGUGCAGAGUGGAACAGGUUUUCUAACGAUAGACAGCACAAGGAGCUUCAACGAGCCCAGAAAGAAGAAAAGGCCCUUAGGGGAGAAGGCAAACUAGAAGAAAUGCACAGAAUCAUGGGUCCCAAAUCCCAGACCCUCCCCUCCCUGCAAACACUGAUGGGAUCACCUAAGCAGUUCACUGAUGAGGCUGAAACAACUGUUCCAGCAAUCAAUCUUCUGGCUGAUCUUGUCACUCGAUAUGACAGAGAGCAAGACAGUCUUCUCAGAUGGCUGAAAUCUCCUGCAUCAAAGGACCUUACAGCAGCCAAUCGGAGGCUACAUUUGCUUUAUCUUCAUCUGGAAACAUUAUGUGCAAAGAUGGAGACUGACCAUGAGACAGUUCUGAUGGCUACAGGUCUUCUGGAGAGAGUCUGUGCAGGUCACAGAUGUGAGACUGACCAGGAACGACAACAUGAUCUAGCUGCCAGACGAGUACAGCUUCGCAGGGAGCAUGUUCAGAAGGGUCAAGUCAGACAAGGCAGACAAGGCAGAUCUAGAACUCCAACAGGUGAUGUGUGUGUGUGGAGAGAGGCGUAUGUCCAGGAAGUUUAUUACCGCCACUGUGAGGAGCGAGAACGACUGCUGUCCCUGCUUCAAGAUGAAUCUCUCCGAGAACUGACUGAGGUUGCCGCAAACAUGCCAAGAAGCGAGAGGGUGGAGAGACUAGCCCAGCUCCGAGUCAAGAAAGCCAAACUAGACUUACAGCAUGCAGCUGACCUGCAGGACGAGUAUACAGACCUCCUGGAAGAAGCUGCAGUACUACAGACAGUAUGCAGAGCUGAAACACUCACAAUGACGCACGGCCGGUCAGUCUUACCACACCAGGUUACUGCUGCCGUUCUUGUCAGUCUUCAGGUUCUGCAAGACACUGAGAUGGCUGACCUUCUGCUGAGUCUGCCUCAUCAGUGUGAGGAGGAGCUGACAAGGCUGUGGCAUGGGGAGAGUGACAUCAGACAACAGAAGACCACAUGGAAUGUGUACAAUGUGCUCACAGCCUAUGAGGGAGAAGCAGAUGACAAACUUGUGCUGGAGAUGCUAGAUGCCAAAUACUCAGUGUUGAGAGAACAACUUCUGUCGUCUGCAAUUGAUGGCGGAACAACCACCAAGGCCCACAACACAGACCUACAGGCGCUCAAGGCAAAGGAACAAGCACUGUGGAAGAAAGGUGAUGUGGCUGGACUGGACCAACUACUCACUUUGACACUGAGUGAGGGUUUGUCUGGCUUGAUGGGACUUGACAGACAACAGUUUCACAAUAAAAUUUCUUCAAUCAGAGCAGAAGCAGGUAAUGUGGUGAUGAUAGAAGAGGAUCCCAGCAGUACCUCAACAGUGUCUGACCUGCUGACCCGUUACACGCAGGAGAGGAUGUACAUCACAAGUGUUCUGCAAGGCAAGACAGGAGAAUGUAUGACAUUACCACACAGAAUAACCCUGCUGGCCAGACUAUACAGAGAACUGAACGUUGUACUGGACACUGGACAAUCUGGGGCAUUUGAGACAGCUGCCAUCUCUGUUGGCCUGGCGGAAAGACAAGACAAAACUCAGUAUCGAUUAAGAAAUGAGAGAAAUCGCUACAUCAGCUUUGCAAGCCAUGUAUGGAAUACUUGUUCUGACAAAUCUUCAAGGCCGAGUGAUAAACAGCCAUAUAUGUCCAGGAUAUCCAGUCUGACUCAACAACAGAAGUCUAUAGUGGACUCACUUGAGAGAUAUCAUGGUGUGGAGCGGCAAGUCUUCCUGUCCAUGCUGCACACAAAAGUAGAGACUGAGCAACAGAUGACAGCCUCCCUCAGUACUCAACAACAGCAGGCUGACCUCCUGGCCUCACUGAGAACAAAGUUCUCCUCUCUCAGUAAAGAUGACGUUCCUGGCCAUCUGAGAAUCCUGCAACAAGCCACAGUGACCAAACUGGAAUGUCGCCGAGCACAGCUACCAAAGGACAGUCAGACUGAUGACAGUGCCUCAAUCUCCCUCAUGGCCGAUCUCCUCCUGCAGCAGAACAAGGAUGCAGAGUCAUAUCUCAUGACAAUGGGAUCUUUGAGCCCUGAUGAACACCUGCAGAUGCUCACAGAGAUGAAGGGUUUGGAGGAUGGAGGAAGAUGUGCCAACAUUGCAGCUGUGGUGUUUGCUUUAGACACAGACCAUCAACUCACUGACCAGGAUGUGAUCCAGGCUGUGGAGGAAAAAUAUGAUGCCUUAAAUGAUAAACUACUGAUGGAAGCGCUGAUUAGUGAGAUGGGAGAAGCUGACUGGCUGAGACUGAGUGAGAAGGAGAGACAACGGAAACUGAUGGAACUGAAGCUGAAACAACGACAGUUGAAGAAACGGGGGCUUUUGGAUGAAGCUGCAGCUCUACUUGGGGACUUACAGAAAGACAGGGAGACCUUACGGUGUCUGAUGGGUGAGAGUCGUGAUGAGCAGGAGCGAAGGAUGAGAGAAAGGCUGGAGAAGAGGAAGCAGCGGCUGGCGGAGGGUCUCAGCUCGGAGGAGUGCGACCGACUGGAACAGGAAGAUGUCCAGAGGGAAGAGACAGAAGACAAAAACAAAAAUGUCCUGCAGCAGAUGGAACAAAGGAUUGAAGAGGAGAAGGCAUCCCUACUCAAGCAGCUGGUCCAGUCUGGAGAUGAAAUGGAGAAAGCGAGGCGCCAGGCUGCUCUUGCCCGUCUCCGACUGGAACAACGCCGUGUUAAGCCAGGAAGAGAAUUUUGAUUCCGCUGCUCUCAUGUUAGGUCUAGUGGAGGAGCAGGGAGAGAAAGUUCAGUCUCACAAGAGUGAGGCGUGCCCGACAGGAGAGGCUGGCUCAUGACCGUCUGGAAGCAGCAAGGCGCCGGCCCAGGCCAAAGCCUCUGCCAGCAUGUAGAUGAUGUAGAUGUAGAUGUGGACACAGUAAUGGACAAUGACCUGAUGAUGAAGUUGAUGGAGGUUGUUGACAAGAAGCACCAGGCAGAGAGGGCUGUUUUCAUACAGUGUGCAGACGAUAACUCCAGCGGAGGAAACACACUAGCAAGCAUGAGCACAGAAGACCUGAAGGAGAGGCUGGAUGUUCUCCAAGGAUUUAGAGAAGGCUGGCGCAAAUCUGAAAUAAAGCCUCCACAAGAACAGACAGUGAUAUUUCAGGAAGCCAUUUGCUGUGUCAUAGAGCUGAAGAAUCGACAAGAUAAGCAGGAGGAAGGUGUGCACUGUGAUCAUGUGAUAUCCCUUCUGGCAGACCUCCAACAGCACCAGGGCCAUGACAUGAGCCACAUCCUAACACGUGUCCAGAAACAGGAGUCAAGUGUGAUUCGGGAAGAACUGAGGGUUGCUGUGGAGGCAGUGACCAAGUGCUAUCAUGACAAUGUGGCAGCUGUGUUGUUUCCGACGCGUUAAUACGACCAGAAGAGUUCUAGUGAUGAGCUGGUCCAGGAGUUGGAUCACAAGUAUGAUGCCUUGAGAGACAAACUUGUCAUUGAGGCCUUGUUGAAGCAGUAUGGGCAUGUGCAGUGGUCUCACAUGACAGAGCAGGAACGCCAGACACACAUCAUACAGAAGCCUGGAGGAACGCGGCGACUUACAUGAGAGCUGGAAAAAUUGAUGAGGUCAACCUGCUGCUUGGCAAAUACCUUGAGGAAAAG